GCUGUGCGUCACUCCUUCAGUGCUUCAUUCCGUUCAUCUCUCUGCUCCGCAUCCGUCGGCUCCGGCAGCAGUAUGGACAGCACAGUUUCAGCCUACUCCGAGAAGCUGAGAGAGAUGUCGGUGUUGUCUCUCAUCUGCUCUUGUUUGUAUUCCCAGCCUCAUCCCAACACCUUCGGUCAGUUUGAAGAUAUGGAGGUGAAGUCACUGAAUAAGCGAUCUUCUGGCCAGGCGUUUGAGGUCAUCCUCAAGAGUCCGACUGACCUGUCUCCGGAGAGACCCCAGACUCUGGCGCUGCCAGCCCAGAAGAAGGAGCCGUCACUGGGGGAGCUACAGAGGAGGCUGGAGGCCGCUGAGGAGAGACGGAAGUCCCAAGAGAAGCAGGUCCUGAAGCAGUUGGCGGAGAAACGGGAGCGUGAGAAGGAAGUGCUCAACAAAGCCCAGGAGGUCAACAACAACUACAGCAAGAUGACAGAGGAGAAACUCAACCACAAAAUGGAGCUGAUCACAGAAAACCGCAUGGCCCGUCUCAAUGCCCUGAAGCAGCGUCUGAGAGAGAAGGAGAUUCACGCUGCAGAAGUCCGUAAGAAUAAGGAACUUCACACUGAGAUCUCUGGCUGAGGACACUGUGACGCCAGAGCCACGAGACGGCCAGUCACGACUGCAUUUGGAGAAUAUGUCAUUCUUUGGCCACACUGUCUUAAGAGGUCAUAUCAGACUCACCGUAUCAGUUUUCCUUAUCAAUAAAUGUCAACAACAUCCCACAUACACUACGUGGACACAAGUAUGUGAGCACCCAGACACACACAUGUGCUUGUUUAAUGUUUAAUUUCAGAACCCUGGGCAUUAAUAGGCCGUUCGUCCUUCCUAACAGCUCCAACUCUUCUGUGAGUCAGUGUUCCAGCUCAUCCCAAAGGUAUUCAGGACUAGACUUUGUGCAGCCAGUCAAGUUCUUCCACAUUUCUUUAUGAUCCUUGAGAUGUUAGAAGUCAUAUCCCUCUCUGAACCCAAACUUCACUAAAAGUUUAGGCUCAAAUCAUUGUGAAAUUAUACACUUAUAAGAAUGUUGUUCAUGAUUUGAAGAAACCCUAAACAAAUCCUUUUCCUGAAAUCUGAUUGGCUGAUGUUGAUCCAUGCCCUACUUGGCACAGUAAGUUUUGUGCACAAGGACUUUGUCAUGCUGAAACAGACAAGCGUCAUCCAGACUGUCACUGUACUGAGUAACAUCAAGAUUUAAAAUCAUUGGAUUAGACAAACACAUUUAUUAUAGGAAGGGGUGUCCACAUACUUCUGGCCAUGAAGUUUAUCAGCCUGCUGAAAAAACAAAAAACAACUUAGACCAGCUUAAACUUGAACUUGUUUUAGAUGCACAGUAUUAUUGUUGACCAGUUAGACCAGUGGAUGAGCUAAAACCAGCAUGAAAGUGUUCGAACUGACACCAGCAAUGAUCUGGUCAUUUAUUCUGGUCUUGGUUGUAAUUUAGCAGAGCUGAAUCUCACAAAAGCAAAACCUUGACUCUGUAUCCACAUUUACACUGCACUUUAUAGAAUAUGAUUCAUUCACGUGGGUAGUUUAGGUGCAUUUCAAGGGUCACUGGUUUGUUUUUCAAUGACCUGUAAGAGAAAUGUCUAAGCUAUGUGCUGCUAACUGAUUACUGAAAACCAUUUAAAACGACAAGAUUAAAGCAUAACAUGUUCGUAA